AUGUUCUCCAACUUCACCAAUAUAGUGCAAAAGGCACAGCAGCUCAUUGACCCUACACAGGGACUGAAUCUCUCCAGCUCUGAUCGAAACCCCUCCAAGGCGUCGCUGUUCCAGAGUCAAUUCCGUCUCCCUGCGUCCCAGAACCCCCUCUACGAAAUCACCGCCGAGCUGACCAUCCCGCCAUCGAACGCUACGGGUGGAGAAAAGGAGCACGAUAGAGGCUGGCACUAUGCGGGAAAAUUGCACCUGUCCGAGGCGUUUAUCUGCUUCUCGACAACGCCCACCAGCUUUCUGCAUUCGGCGAGCACGAGCAGUUCGUCCGCCUUCACCGGCCAGACGCACGGCGGCGGGCCUAGCGGUAAUGGAUUUACCUUCCCUCUGUGCGCCAUUAGGCGUGUCGAAAGGCUCAACAGUCAAAACUUUCAGUUUGCCCUGGCCAUCACGACGUGGAAUGGGCUCCUCUUGGAGAACCAAAAAGACAAAGACGCCGGAACGAAGGACAAGAGAGACACCAAAGAACAGCGCAUCACUAUUCAUCUCGCGGGCCCUAGACAGGCGUGUGAGCGGUUCUGCGAUGGUCUGAAGAAAGGCCUGCGGGCCGGUGUGAGUAAUGUAGGAAAGCUGCGCAGGGUCGUCGCCGAAUGUUACUCGGAAUACCUCUUGCGACCUGAGGAGAAAAAAGACAGUAUCCCCCCCGACGCAGGACUUGGCCUGAUAUUCCGUUACCCUGGCGACCCAAAGAAAUUGAGAGAUCGGGCCAAGAUGCGACUCUGGGCAGAGUACCUUCGCGACAACGGCAGAAGCGCUACGCUUAUUCGACAACCCACCUUUCACAAGCUUAUCCGGGUUGGCUUGCCAAACAGGCUACGAGGCGAGAUGUGGGAGCUGACUUCGGGCUCCCUGUACUUGCGCCUAGAAUCCCCGACCCUCUACGCGGACACCUUGGCCAAGUUCAAGGACCAGGAGUCGCUGGCCAUUGAUGAGAUUGAAAAAGAUCUCAACAGAAGCUUGCCAGAAUACCCCGGCUUUCAAAGUGAAGACGGAAUCGGACGCCUCCGCCGCGUGUUAACUGCCUACAGCUGGGUCGACACGGACGUCGGCUACUGCCAAGCGAUGAACAUCGUCGUGGCCGCCCUCCUGAUAUACAUGUCUGAAUCUCAAGCUUUCUUCCUGCUGUCUGCGCUGUGCGACCGGCUGGUACCCGGAUACUACUCCACCACCAUGUACGGUACGCUCCUAGACCAGAAAGUCUUCGAGUCUCUCGUCGAGCGCACCAUGCCCGUGUUGUGGGAACAUCUAGUCAAGAGUGACGUACAGCUCUCCGUUGUUUCGCUGCCAUGGUUCCUUUCUCUGUAUAUCAACUCCAUGCCGCUCGUGUUCGCCUUUCGUGUCUUGGACGUCUUCUUUGUCGAGGGCCCGAAGGUGCUUUUUCAGGUCGGUCUGGCCAUUCUGCGCAUCAACGGAGAGGAGCUGCUCGAUGCUGCGGACGACGGUGCGUUCAUAUCGGUCCUGAAGACUUACUUUGCACGGCUAGACCAAUCUGCCCACCCCAAAUCCGAGAAUCCCAAGCUCCGAGCCGUGACCCGGUUUCAGGAACUCAUGGUUGUCGCCUUCAAAGAGUUCUCGGGCAUCACCCAUAGCAGCAUCACAGAGCUACGGCUGCAGAAGAAGGAUGCAGUCCUCAACAAUAUCGAAAAUUUUGCUAAGAGAACGGCCAUUCGAAACCUGGGCCCAGACAGCAAGCUCCUGUCCAACGACGAGCUGGGCUCUCUCUACGACAGAUUUUACAAUGUGCUGUACGAACGCCAGCAGCGAGAUCGCAUGAUGCAGGAGGAGGCGCAGCGCCGUGCCAAAGCCAGCAGAAUGCGCGCGUCCGAGAUUUUCCCCAGAGGUGUCCCGGACCAGGUCGAAAAAGGUCGUGUCGGGCUGGGGCCAAGUACAAGCUUGAUGGACUAUGAUGCCUUCCGUGAAUUUCUUGCCAGCAUGGCCCGGUGGGCGGUCUCGGACUCGCCCGGCCAGUCUAGAAGGAGCACCGCAGUGGGGAUGGAGCGACAUGGCGGGGUCAACGACAGCCCGGGCAUCUCUAUUAGUAGCUCGCACUGGGGAGCCGGGCCCGAGCCGACACAACACGAGUUUCUGGAGCGCCUGUUCAAAAAAUGGGAUAUCGACUGCAACCAGGCUCUCACUUUGCAAAAUGUUGUUUCCGGCCUGGCGGGCAUUAAGGGCAAGAAGGAUAUUAUGGGCACUAUUACGUACUUCUUCGAGCUCUACGACGAUGACGGAGAUGGCAAAGUCGACCGAGAAGGCAUUCUGCGCAUCUCAGAGGCGCUCCUGUUCCUAUCACGGCGCGGCUUGGAAGGGCCCUUGAGUCCGUCAACCCUGGCCAGCACCGAUGGUAGUACCGAACCUCUUGACAGCCAUGCUGCUGCGGCCUCUAUAAACGAGAGGUUUCUCGGUAGUGUUAGUGCCUUCAUUCGCCGCUGCUUCGAAUAUGCGGAUCCGGACCAUCCGAAGAAAGACAAGAACGAGGACCUCAUCCCGGUUGACACUGAUCAUCGCUCCGGAGCUGCAGACGCAUUUGCUGUGGGCGAUGAUGAUGAUGAUGAUGAUAACAACGAUGACGAUGGCGAUGCGAUCGGAAACGAGUCCAUGUCAGCUGCAGACAAACCGGCCAACCUAGUCGGCCUUGUCAAUGCCACCCCGCAAGGCCACGACAGCUUGAGGCACAACGCCAGCAAGGCAAAGGCCGAAGCCGCCAAUGCAGCACUUGAUCCUGCUCACCCCCUUCACAUUACUCUGCCAACAUUUCGAAUGGUAGUAUUGGCGGACGAACUUUUGGAGCAGUUCUUCGAGUCGUCGUUCCCUCUGUCAUUUCACAUCGUGGAGGGAGUUUCGCACACUCUCACUUCGUCUGGAUCACUCACCACCUUCUCAAGCUUAGGCUUCGGUACUAGGCAUCAGAUCCCACCACAGGUCGGCCCGCCUGGCGCGGGUAGGGGACUUCGCGGCGUCUUGGACACUAUCGUGACUGACGGUAUGCGAGUCGCUACCGAAGUGCGACGGCGCAUGGAAGAAGCACAGAGAGAGCUGGAAAAGAAUGCUGUGCCCGGCCAACGCGCUUAUGACGACGAGGAUGAGGAUGAUGAUAUGACUCUGCCUGCCGAGGUGACAUCCGAAAUAGGCACAGACAUCGAGCGCCGCUCUGUCCGUAGCUCCGACCGCGACUUAUUGGACGGCGCUGAUGCAUCCGCUGGCGCUUCGGCAAAAGAGGCUGGCGAGGGGCUGGUGGACUUGGAUGCAGAGGAGAAAUCUGUUAUCCAGCCUGCGGCACACGAAGGUGUCGGUGUGGUGGAAUUCGGCACUUAA